AUGACACCUACUACCGACUGGAGAUCCAGUACACCCGAGCAAGGCGAAUACACCUUCCUCCUCUUUCAAUCUGACGCUAGUACUCCGUCCUACGAAGAAGCUCAAUACACAGCUUCGACUCCACAUACCUCACUCAGCGACGAGGACAUCCUCGACAAGAUAUUCCAAGAAAUCAUGUCACCACAGGACGUACCGUCAAGCAGCUCUGGGGUGAACUCGCCAACUGCUACCAGCCCCUAUCAGCCCGUGCUGUCAUCGACGUCGGGCCUCGCGACUUCCAACACUUCGGCUCCUUCCACACCGCAGCUCCAUAGUACUCUACGUCGAGGCAGCAUCCCAUCGGCUUCGAUUGGGACCAUUUCACCCAACAUGGCCACAUCUCUACGUGUCCCGACUUUCCCAAUGAGUCACACGACAGGAGCACUUCGCAACAACACAGUGUUCUUCCCUACACUAUCGGAUGCCAAAACCAGCCGAACCAAUGCCACUUGUCUCCACGGAAGCUACGCUUCAAUGCUCUUUACUUCCCCAACGGCAGCGAGUCGCCGUACCUAUCGACGCACGAGUCGAUCAACUCGUCUUCAGAAGAAAAAACCGGCUUCCCGCAUUUGCCGCAUGGCGGGAUGCACGAAAGGCAUUCGCUCGAGAGGUCUGUGCAAAGCUCACGGAGGAGGUCGUCGAUGCACGACUCCUGGGUGCGAAAUCAGUGACCAAGGUGGAGGUCACUGCAUCGCACACGGCGGUGGCCGUCGGUGCUCCAUCAGUGGCUGCCAGAAGUCGGCUCAGUCGAAAGGGCUGUGCAAACUCCACGGCGGGGCUCGAUUGUGCCGCUUACCCGACUGCAACAAGAAUGGCCAGAUCAAGGGACUGUGCCGUCUACACUACAGCCUCACACUGGCAGGGAAGAACGCGGUGACAAUCAAGGUCGCAGGUCUUAUGCCUGAGCUCGAGUUACAACACAGUAGUAGCCGGAGUCCGUGCGACUUUGAGCUUCGGGUUUGA